GUUAGUCGAUUCCAUGCGCCCGUUUGACUGCAGUCAGCGCGGUUAUCGGCGUUUUUUUCAUUUAAGUUCUGUGUGUAUGCAUAUGUAUGUGUGUGUGUGUGUGUAUCGCUAUACAUUUGUCGGUUAAAGCGCGCGCGCGCUAUCGCGUACUCGCUCGUACCUUUAGAUAAAAUACGAAGUUCUUUGUCUUACUCGUGUGUAGCACGUACUGAAUGUGAAAUAUAAUAUACAUGUAUGUAUAUGUUUUGCGCACGCGUGUGCCGUUCGCCUUCAGUUAGUACGUGAAAACCGUAUAGCACAGUAGUUGUAACUUGUCUAAACCGUCGUUUCGUGAGUGUAUGUGUUUGCGCACGCCGUAAGCCAAACAUUUAUUUCGUUUAACGUUAUAUUUUUUUCUACUAAUAUCAGACGGUUAAUUAUUAUUAUUUCGUUAUCGCGUCCCCGUCAUGCAAGCCAAUCCACCAUACGUCCUAGCAAUCUCGACAGUAGUUGUCGACGCUUCCGUUCUGUAACCGCUGCUUCAGUGAUUUCGUGAAUACCAACAGCAGUCGCUUGUUCAUUGAUGUUAAAUAUUUUUUUGCCCAUCGCUGUUAUCGUUUCAAUACUCAAUUGGAAUACCACACAGUAGCACAUUUAUUUAAGGAUACAAUUCGACGUGUGAUAACUAUCUUCGUUUUGUGAUAAGGUUAUCGUCAAAUGUUGAACGAAAACCACACUAACUAUUUUCAUUAUUUAUAUUAUUCGGGUACUGACGUCAAGUAAAAACGGACGCGGUGCGCGCCCCGGCGGAAUCUCAAAUGCCGGCCAGUGGCCGGGGGCCGGACGCCACGGCCGCAGCCUCAACCGCUGCCGUGGCGGCGGCCGCUAAAAAGUCCCCUGAGAGCGGCGAUGAAUCCGAAGAGGAAAGCGAAAUCUUGGAGGAGAGUCCUUGUGGUCGGUGGCUGAAGAGGCGUGAAGUCGUGGAGCAACGGGAUGUCCCGGGAAUCGAUUGUGCUUAUCUAGCCAUGGAUACCGAGGAAGGCGUCGAGGUGGUGUGGAACGAAGUGCAAUUUUCGGAACGCAAGAAUUACAAGGCUCAAGAGGACAAGAUCCGGCAGGUGUUCGAGAGUUUGACACAGCUUCAACAUGCUAAUAUCGUCAACUUCCAUCGAUACUGGACGGAUACGCACAACGACAAACCUCGCGUCAUAUUCAUCACAGAGUACAUGUCUUCUGGCUCAUUGAAACAGUUCCUAAAACGCACCAAACGCAACGUGAAGAAAAUCUCGUUGACCGCUUGGAAACGGUGGUGCACUCAGAUCCUAUCCGCCCUAAGUUACUUGCAUUCAUGUUCACCGCCCAUCAUCCAUGGGAAUCUGACCUGUGACACGAUAUUUAUCCAACACAAUGGACUCGUGAAAAUAGGAUCAGUGGCCCCGGAUACUAUCCACGUUCACAUCAAGACCUGCCGAGAGAACAUGAAGAACAUGCAUUUCAUCGCACCCGAAUGCGGUAACUUAGUCACGCCGGCCAUUGACAUAUAUGCUUUUGGCAUGUGUGCACUGGAAAUGGCAUCACUGGAAAUACAGGGCAACGGCGACAGUGGUACACUGGUCACCCAAGACCACAUCAAACGGACCAUCGAGUCACUGGACGAUCCGUUACAGAAAGAUUUGAUUCGCCAGUGUCUGACGGCCGAUUUCGAGAAAAGGCCCACUGCCAGAAACCUACUCUUUCACCCUGUACUCUUCGAAGUGCAUUCUUUAAAACUACUAGCAGCUCACGUUUUAGUUAAGACUGAACAUUUUGCUGACCGACUGUCCGAUGAGGUGUACCAUCCCGAUACGGUGAUGGGCGAGAUUGUUCACGGAGAUGACCAUACCAGAAAUGUACAAUUAAAAAUGUGUGAUGUUCCCGAAAGUAACAAAUUGGAAAAGUUUGUCGAGGACGUAAGAUUUGGUAUAUAUCCGUUGACAGCUUAUGCACUGGAGGCCGGACCAGUACGACUGACCAGUUUUCAACCUCAAAGUCCGACGGGCUCGAUGGAUCAAUCGAUUCCAUCGGACAGAAAUAGUGUUGGACCAUUGGAUGUAGAAGUCAGGCGUGUUGUCAAUAUGAUGUGUAACAUAAAACCAAAAGAUGAUGCACAAAAUGACUUUAUGAUGACUAUUUUGCUACGAAUGGACGAUAAAAUGAAUAGACAACUGACUUGUUCCAUUACAGAUGCAGAUACAGCUUCAACACUCUCACAAGAACUCGUUCAUUUUGGCUUUAUAAAUGAAGCUGAUAAAGAUAAAAUUUAUGUGAUAAUAGAAGAAACUCUGUCUGAAGGUCCUCAAUACAAUCAAGAACAGUCUGUUGAAGCAUUUAACUUUACUAGCAAUCCAUCAAAACUUCAAAAACAGUCAUCUAUAACAGCUGUUAGUUGUGCAGCAACAAUUGCCUCUUCUUUUAGGCCAAGUGUCAUUCGUUCUCCCAUCAAACGAGAUUAUAGUUAAUGAAAGCUAUGUGGCCAGCAAAUGUUGGUCACUCGGUUUUGUCCGUUAUGUUGUCUAUCAACCAUAUGGUCACACAUUUUCGGUUUAUAUUCAUUUCUUCCCAGUAUAAAAAUAUCCAAUAACUUUUUCCUUCAGCCAAAGUCAAUUUUUUACCAUCACGCCUUUAUACAUCAAAUGUGAAAUUAAAUACUACUAUUUAGGCUUAAACCAAAAUAUAUUUUUACCGGAGUAUAUUUAAUUUUUAAUAAGCUUUCUAUUUUUACUUAAAGGUUAUCAAUAUUUUGUUACAAAAACAUAUAAUGUAUUGUCAAUCGCCAUUUACAUUAUAUUGUUAUUUAAUUGGCAUUCAUUCCAAAAAAAUAUAUAAAUAUAUAUAUAUAAAAUAAAUUCACUGAAUGUGUUUUUAUGAUUAUUUUAGUAUAUUAUAUAAUUAUUAUUAUCAUUAUUAUUAUAACCAUUACUAUUUCUAUUAUUAUUUGUGCUUUUAUCAAAAGUGUUCCAUUAUUUGUUUUUGUUCACAACCAUCAUUUAAAUGUACUUGAUUUAUUUAUUUUUUAACCGCCAUUUAGUUACCGGUAUUACUUAUUGUUCAAAUUUGAAUUGUUAUUCUUAUAUUGCAAAUGACCUAAUAUUUCACGCUGUAUAUUUAAUACAUUCUGAACUACCGAUUUAUAUCAUUUGCCUAACAAUAUAUGAUGAAGUGUUUAUAAAUGUGAUAUGUUUUUAAUUUGAGAAGAAAAUGGAGAUAAUGUUUAGUAUUAGGCUUAUUAUAUUUUACAUAUAAUUUUUGAAAACUGAUAAAUAUUACGUGUAAAUUAUUAAUGAUGAAUUAAAACUGUGAUACAACUAUUGA